GUGCAUGAAGGAUAAAAAGCUAGAAUUGGGAGUUUCCGGAGAAAAAAUGGUGGAAAAUAGAGAGAAAUAUGUAGGAAACAAGGAAAAUGGAAUAUAUGUAUCAACAAUGAGAACAAAGGAGAAACAAGAAGAGAAGAAGGUAGGGAAACGUAUGAAGAGAAUAGUAGAAUCGGAGGAGGAGUCAAGUAGUAGCGAAAAAACGAAAAAAUCAUUAAAAAAGAGUAAAAAGAUGAAUAAGAAGGAAAAUAUAAAGACAAUUGAAUGUGAUUCAGAGUAUUUUAAUACAGGAAACGAGAAUUUGUAUAGAGAAAAACCGACGUUUACAUUAGAUCAAAAUAUGAUAAAUAAUUAUGAAAAGAAUAAGUCAAUGACAAAGGAAAUGGUUAAUUCAAUUAGGGAAAAAAAGUCAAAAAAAAUACUAAAAUCAAAGCAAUCAAAUAAUUUGAAAAAUGAAACAUCGGAAAAUAUAGAGAUUAAAAAAGAAAUAGAUGAGAAAUCUAUAAAAACAGAAAAGAAAUUAAAGAAAAAACAUAAAAGUCAAGAAAAAGAAUUAAACUCUGAAGAAUUGAAGAAUGAAGAAUCGUUACGAUCAAAAGAAGAGGAAGAAGAUUAUAAAUGGUGGGAACAACAGCAAGGAGAUGGAACAAUUAAAUGGAAAACAUUAGAACAUAAUGGUGUUUUAUUUCCUCCUCCAUAUGAACCUCUUCCUUCCUAUGUUAAAAUGAAAUAUAAAGGAGAGCCAAUUAGUCUUCCACCAGAAGCAGAAGAAGUUGCAGGUUUUUUUGGUGCAAUAUUAUCUUCAGAACAAUAUGUAAAGAAUCCUACUUUUCAGAAAAACUUUUUCCAUGAUUUUCAAGAAACAUGUAAAAAAACAAAUGCGCCAGUGAUUCCAGAAAAGUUUGAAUACUGUGAUUUUACACCAAUGUUUGAAUAUUUUGAAAAGAAAAAAGAAGAAAAAAAAAACAAGUCUAAAGAGGAGAAGAAGAAAAUAAAAGAGGAGAAGGAUGCAUUAGAAGAGAAAUAUAAAUAUUGUUUUCUUGAUGGAAGGAAAGAAAAAGUAGGUAAUUUUAGAAUUGAACCUCCUGGAUUAUUUCGUGGCCGAGGAGAUCAUCCUAAAACAGGGAAAUUGAAGACAAGGGUUGUUCCGGAACAGGUUAUUAUUAAUAUAGGAAAGGACUCUGUUAUUCCUUCUCCACCUCCUGGACAUAAUUGGAAAGAAGUACGUCAUGAUAAUACAGUAACCUGGCUUGCUACAUGGAAUGAAAAUGUGAAUAAUAAUGUAAAAUAUGUAUUUUUAAGUGCAGGAAGCUCUUUAAAAGGCCAGAGUGACUUAAAAAAAUAUGAAAAAGCUAGAGAGCUUAAGCUAUAUAUUGAUAAUAUUAGAAAACAGUAUCGGAAAGAACUUGAAGAUAAACUUAUGGAAGUUCGUCAAAGGGCAACUGCCAUGUAUUUGAUUGAUUUAUUUGCUCUUAGAGCAGGAAAUGAGAAAGGCGAAGAUGAAGCAGAUACUGUGGGAUGUUGCUCACUAAGAUAUGAACAUAUAUCUCUGAGUCCACCGAAUACUGUAGUCUUUGAUUUUCUUGGCAAAGAUUCUAUAAGAUAUUAUAAUGAAGUACAAGUUGAUCCACAAGUUUUUAAGAAUUUAAAAAUUUUUAAGCGAUCUCCUAAAACAGAAGGAGAUAUGCUUUUUGAUCGUCUUAAUACUUCUAAAUUAAACAAUCAUUUGACAAGUUUAAUGCCUGGUUUAUCUGCUAAAGUAUUUCGUACUCACAAUGCAUCAUAUACGAUGUCAGAACAACUCAAAAAUACACCUAAAGAUGCUUCUAUAUCAGAUAAGGUAUUGGCAUAUAACAGAGCAAAUCGUAUGGUGGCUAUUCUUUGUAAUCAUCAGCGCACGAUUAGCAAAACGCAUAGUGCACAGAUGGAAAGAAUAGAGGAUAAGAUUUUGGCAUUAAAAUAUCAAAAAAUAAGAUUACGCAAAGCUAUUUUGACUUUAGACCCUAAAUUGGAAAAGAGUAGGCCAGAUUUAUCUGAAGCAGUUUCGGAUAUUGACGAAGAUUGGAUCAAAGAACAUCAAAAAGUUUUAAUAGAAAAAGAAUAUGAUAAAAUUAAAAGGAAAUUCCAAAAAGAUAAUGAAAAACUUAUAAGUCAAAAUGAAACUCCAAUGCCAGAAAGUCGUUUAGAAAAAUUCCUUGAAAAAAUAAAUGAAAUGAAAGAAGAAUUCAAAAUAGAAAAUGAAAAAGGCAGAGUUGAAUCAAAAACAAGAGGUAUAACAAUAGAGAAAUUGGAUUUACAAAUUAAAAAGAUUAACGAACGAAUUCAUCAAAUGAAGGCAUUAAUGAUUGAUAAAGAUCAAAACAAAACUACAGCUUUGGGAACGUCAAAAAUAAAUUAUAUUGAUCCUCGAUUAACAUAUGCAUGGUGCGCAAAAUAUGGCGUUAAUAUCGAACGUGUAUUUACAAAGACUUUACGUGAAAAAUUUGCAUGGGCCGCUUCAACAACUGCUGAUUGGGAAUUCUAAAUCAAAAAUUACAACUAUUUCCAUUCCUAUUUUAUUAUAAAUAAUU